CGUAAAACACGGCCGCCCCCAGUUGCUGCUGCUGCUCCUUUGCGGCCGUCAAGGCUUAUCACCUGGGCGCGCUUCUGCUUUCGCCAGCGUCGCCUUUUCCUCCCGUCGCAUCCUUUGCCUUCUCGUCCGGAAGACGCAGAACAGUCUCGUCGACUGGCCGCCGACAAGUGCCCGAUCACGACGGGCCCGUCCUGUUGAUCGGCAGCAAGACCGAUCUGUAUCCGCAUACCUCGAGCACGCCAGGACAGUCCCGACGCGCUCCCCAAAGCAACCCGUCGUCCUCUCCUCCCCGCCAUCCCCAACCGUCGACAUUCGGCUUCGCGACGCCCCAUUCGAGAUCCUCCCUUCACCACCUGUCGGCGCCGCCCCUUCAUCCUCCUCCCCGCGCUCCUCCUCUCGGCGCGCCGCGUCCCUCCCCCCCUCAUGGACGAGAAAAGCGACAUACACGGCUCCUUCGGGGGCGACUCGCCCUCGAGUCAUUACUACGUCGACGAACACCGGAGCGGCGUGAUCAACCGCGUGGUCGACAGCUUCCGGAGAGACCCGCGUGCGCACACGACGCCCAAGGGCACCAUCGGCGCAGAUGGCAAGGUAUUUGACGUCGAGGGCGCCGCGAUAGCCACGGCGGAGUCGCCUCUGGCGCGCAAGCUCAAGGGCAGACAUCUGCAGAUGAUAGCCAUUGGCGGCUCCAUCGGAACCGGUCUUUUCGUCGGCUCUGGUUCGGCACUCGCCCAUGGCGGGCCCGGCUCGCUGCUAAUUGCCUUCUGCCUAAUCGGCAUCAUGCUGUACUGUACCGUCCAUGCGCUGGGCGAGAUGGCGGUGCUCUUCCCCGUUGCCGGUUCCUUCUCCGCCUACUCGACCCGCUUUCUGGACCCAGCCUGGGGCUUCGCCAUGGGCUGGAACUACGCGAUGCAGUGGCUGGUCGUUCUCCCCCUCGAGAUCGUGUCCGCCACGCUCACGAUCGAGUUCUGGAACCACGGCAAGAUCAACAACGACGCCUGGGUUGCCAUCUUCCUCGUCCUCAUCGUCACCAUCAACCUUUUCGGCGUCAAGGGCUAUGGCGAGGCCGAGUUCGUUUUCUCCGUCAUCAAGAUCACCGCCGUCAUUGGCUUCAUCAUCCUCGGCGUCAUCCUCAACUGCGGCGGCGGGCCGCAGGGCAGCUACAUUGGUGGCCGCUACUGGAAGAACCCCGGUGCUUUCAACCACGGGUUCAAGGGACUGUGCUCCGUCUUCGUCACCGCUGCCUUUGCCUUCGCCGGAACCGAGCUGGUCGGUCUUGCCGCUGCCGAGACGGCAAACCCGCGAAAGUCCCUUCCCACGGCCAUCAAGCAGGUCUUUUGGCGCAUCACGCUCUUCUACGUUGUCUCCCUGACGCUGGUCGGCCUCCUCGUGCCGUACGACAACCCGCGCCUGCUCGGCGGAACCUCGUCUGUCGAUGCCACUGCCUCCCCCUUCGUCAUCGCCAUCGAGAACGCCGGCAUCCAGGGCCUUCCCUCCGUCAUGAACGUCGUCAUCAUGAUCGCCGUUCUCUCCGUCGGCAACUCAUCCGUCUACGGCUCCUCUCGUACCCUCGCCGCCCUGGCAGAGCAAGGCCAGGCACCUCGCAUCCUAGCCUACAUUGAUCGCAAGGGCCGCCCUCUGGUCGGCAUCGCCAUCGCCUCGUCUCUCGGCCUUCUUGCUUUCCUCGCUGGCACAAACAAGCAGGUCGACAUCUUCAAUUGGCUGUACGCCCUGUCUGGCCUCUCCUCCAUCUUCACCUGGGGCUCCAUCUGCCUCGCCCACAUCCGCUUCCGCAAGGGCUGGAGAGUACAGGGCCACACGCUCGACGAGCUUGCCUUCCGCUCGCAGCCGGGUCUCAUCGGCUCCUGGGUCGGCUUAAUCCUCAACUGCGUCGUCCUAGUCGCUCAGUUCUGGACCGCCUUCGCGCCCAUCGGCUACACCGAGAUGACCGGCUCCGAGAUCGCCAUCAACUUCUUCCAGGCCUACCUCGCUGCUCCCGUCGUGCUCGCCUUCUACAUCCCUUUCAAGUUCUAUUACAAGACGCCCAUCAUCCGUUCGUACAACAUGGACCUGCACUCCGGCAUCCGCGAGCUCAACCUGCACGAGCUCAUUCAGGAAGAACGCGCCGAACGAGCCAAUUGGCCCGCGUGGAAGAAAGUCUACAAAUUCUUCUGCUAACGAGCAACUCCUUUCUCUUUGGGGGUGGGGGGAAAUACUCCCCCUACUUUUGUUUUUUCUCCCCCUCUCCGCCCCUCCCACAGCCUCUUAUGCAGCCAUGAAAAUGAAAGAUGGGGGAGGGGGCCCACGUGAAAUGAUAUU